GCGGAUAGAUGAACCACGAAACGCUGGCUCCCGUUCAAUAAAUUUUUCUUGGUCAAUAACCGUUCUCAACCAUCAAAAGAAAUACAUGAUUGACAGGGCCCGAGAGAAAUAUUCUCGUUUGUCCAGCUGCACAAAUGUCGGGCUUAUCUUAGCCUCGUGUUCAGCCUAUUUUAAGCCUCGUUUCGCGUGCGCGUGCAAAUCGGAUUCCUUGCUAGUGUCCUUCUCGGCCAUGUCUGUCUCCGGCUAGUACAAAAAGUUAUCAGGGGAGGAAAGGGGGAGGAUGUCCAGCAGAAAAUAUUAAGCCUCGACGAGGAAUGCCGCCGUUUUCGAUCUCGUCGUCCGUUCCUAUUCAUCGAUAUCGGUCCGGAAACUUCAUGGCUGUCAACUCGUCGAGCGUUUAUCAUCUAAAAUUUGAAGCUGCCUGAGUAUCGAGAUCCUGUCGCGAUCCUCUCCCGACAGAGAGGUGAAAGACUUUUUUUUUUUUUUUUUUUUUAAAAAAAAAAAAAAGAAAAUUGUAGGACAUACCAGUCGAGCACUGCAGAAGAGACUCACUGGACCAGAGACAAUGCCACGAUUCUUCCCGGCCAGAACCUGCCUUAUUCUCCUAGUUCUCUUUGCCCUUGCUCACGGAGGCCCCGUCGGAGCUCCCGCUGGAGGCUCACCUGGAAAUGGCCCUCUCGGCUCCUCUCCAGGCGGACCGCAAGGCCCAGUCCCCGUUGGCGCUGGCGGAGAUUCCGACGGAGCCAAACCUGCUGCCAACCCCUUUCAGAACCUCUAUCGAGGCGUGAAUACCACUCUAGCUAUCCUCAGUGCUGUGUUGAUGACAAUGACAUACGCUGUGUUGAUUGGACCCGGCACGAGGCUGUCAAGCACCAGUAAGAUUCCACUGGGCGCCAUCAGAACGAAUAUUGGCAAUCUUCUCUCUCGUACCUGGCCUGAUAUGAGCACGUCUUCGGAUACGACCGCCACGGGGAAGUCUGUUAAGUCGACGGACGGGGACUCUAUCAGGCUGUUCUACGUCGGCAAGCUAGAUAACGACGGCGGUGAUGGAAGGACAGCUAGAGGAAUAGAAGAUUGCGAGGGCCUUCCCAAGACGAGGAUCCAGACUCCGCCAAUGUGGCUGACUGCCGGCUCGUCGCUAACGAAAAGCAUUGUACAAGUAGCCAUUUGGGAAUGGGUCUGCUUGUGGAUGGUCCUGGCCAUGAUUAUCGCAACGCUGAUGUAUAACGGUUUCCUCACGAAACAGAAAACUCCGGAUGCCUAUCCCCGACUUGUCGUUGCGAUUAUCUACUUUACUGCCUUUGGCAUUCAUGCGUGGUAUGUCUGGAAGACGUGCAGAAGCUUUUUCACGCUCCUGGGCGCCGGCGCGACCUGGAGUUUGCUGAAUAAGGCUUCUUUUUCUUCGGUUGACCUCGGCCAGCUUAAAGCAGGGAUUUCGGGAGGCACACCGCCUGUUUUCAGGAAGAUCGGGAAACCUGACACUAGCCCUAACUUUCCUCCAUAUGAAAACUGUCGUUUGAAGGAGACCAGAGCUUUGAAAAGUGCUGAUCCUACCGAGACCUCUGCGACUCCCGCUGAGGAAGACGAGGGCGCUGUGAAUACCGUGACACGCUGGCAGAAGCAAGAGAUUUCGUCUACCGUGCAAGCAGCUAGCGUCGCUCUAGAGAGAGUGAUUACGAACGUCGUGUCAAUCGUGGGUAUCACCAUCACGACUGGAUUUGCGACAUGGACAACGAUUUCCGACGGCGGGGACAGUACCACACAGCUCGGUUCGCUGGCUCUCCUUGCUUCUCUCACAAUCGGGUCUGGAGCGAUGUUCAGCAGUGCCAUCGAACUCAGCGUUAUGGAAACAUCGUUCCGAAAUGUCCUCUUCUACAAGGAGGUCCUGAUUAACAGGCAGGCUACAGCACACGUACAGAAACGAGCUAAAAAGAAGGAUGUUGUUGGGUUCACGCAUAAUACGGUGGAUAUGAAAACAGUCGGAGUCCUAGAACUGGCUCGUUUCACGAAGCUAUGGGCUUUGAUCAUAUUUGGUCCUGCAUACGCACUAUUACCUAGUGAAGAGGACCACUUCAGACAGUCUGUUGGCGCGGAUUUCGAAGUUUGCAGCGCCGUGAGGGACAAGCAGGUGUUGCUAACGACAGCAGCUACCACUGAACGCCAGGCACACACUGAUGACGGUAAUUUCGAGUCAAUUAACGUCUGUUUCCUUGCGAACAGGGACUGGAGAUCCCCCGGGAGUGCAACUUCAUUGGAAACCACGGAACCCCACGUCCUCAGCAAGACGGUAUAGGCGUGUCUCGUCCUUGGUUUCCUUCCC